AUGUCCAUCGCGCUAAAAAACAAAAACGUCCUCGUCACCGGCGGCUCGCGCGGCCUCGGCGCCGCCACCGUCGAGCGCUUCGCCGCCGAGGGCUGCAACGUCGCCAUAAACUACCUGUCGGCCUCUGCGCGCGCCGAGGCCCUCGCCGAAAAGGUGCGCGCCACCUGGGGCGUCACGGCGGUCGUGAUCCAGGGCGAUGUGGCGACGGAUGCGGGGUGUGUUGCGAUUGUUGAGGAGGCCGUGAGGGCGCUGGGGGGCUGGAUGUGGUGGUGUCGAAUGCUGGAUGGACAAAGAUUGGAGCAUUUAUGCUGGAACGUCAACGCCAAAGCCAACCUGCACCUCCUCCGCGCCGCCGCACCAACCUUCAACGCCAACCCCGACGGCGGCAGCAUGUUAAUCACUUCUUCAAUCGCCGCGACCAAUGCAUCCGGGAGCUCAAUCGCCUACUCCGUCUCAAAAGCAGCAGGCCUACACCUGAUGCGCUGCCUCGCGGCGAGCCAGGGCCCAAAGAUCCGUGUCAACGCCAUUCAGCCCGGAUUGCUGCUGACGGAGUGGGGCCAGCAGUUUCCGGAGGAGAAGAUUAAGGCGAUGAAGGAGAAGGCGGCGUUGAAGACUUGUCCGACGGUGGAGGAGUGUGCGGAUAUGUUUGUGCUUAUGGCGAAGAGCACGUCGCUGACGGGGAGCUCGGUGAAGAUUGAUGCUGGGUUAUUUGUAUAG